AUGGGUAAAACAUCCACUGCAAUCAUAACUUUCAAGGGCUCGCAUGUACCACGCCAGGUCAUCUUCGGCGGAGGUGUAUACCGCUGCGUCCCUCACCGACCCAAGGCGCAAUUUUGCUCAACAUGCUUUGCUAUAGGCCACAGAUCAGACGUCUGCCGUGACAGUGGAAAACCAAGGUGCAGAACAUGUGGAAAAACGGUCGGGGAUCCUGUAGAUGAUCAUGACUGCAAACCCGGCUGCCCUAAUUGUGGCAAGGACCACAAGGCCGACGACCCGACUUGUGAAGUGCGACAAGCAGCUGAUAAAGCGGUCAGAGAGGCGGCCUACCUGAAGCGUUUACAACAACGUGAGGACGACAAACAAACGAACACAGUCACCAUCGCAAGCCGAAGCCCAAGCCCAAAACGGAACUCCGACAACAUAUCGACAGACAGAAGCCGUCAACAGUCCCGGGGCCGCUGUCCAUCCAGGGGCCGCAGUCCAUCCAGGGGCCGCAGCCGAUCCAGGGGCCGCAGCCGAUCCAGGGGCCACGGCCAGUUCGGGGUCCCCAGCCAGUCUGGGAACUACAGCAAGUCCGGGAGCCGCGUCCAGUCCGGGGACCGCAGCAGGCCCGGAGGACGCAACCAGUCUCCGGAUCACAGCCAGACCCGAGGCCAACAACAAGAGCAACCCACAAUCCAGCAAAACGUGAGUCAGUCAUCCGGCACAUUCCCUUCCCUCACCCUCACCUCUGCAUCUAAAGUUCAGUCAUGA